AUGACAUUUGAAAUAGCUGGACGUCAACACUGCCUUCCUUCAUGGAGAUUUGGACAAGGAAGUUUAUAUGAAGAUACCACCCGGUUUGGCUGUGUCACAACCAGGUUUGUUUUUUAUGAUCAUUCACUCUUCAUCAAGAAACAAUCUGAAAGCUUCACUGCCAUUCUCGUAUAUGUUGAUGACUUGGUUUUAACGGGGAAUGACAUUGGUAAAAUCAAUUCCAUCAAGCAAAAUUUGGAUGACAAAUUUAAAAUAAAGGAUCUUGGUGAUCUCAAAUACUUCUUGGGAAUGGAAGUAGCAUGCUCUAACUCUGGAAUUUACAUUUAUCAGUGGAAGUACACCAUGGACCUUCUCAGGGAUUUCGGUUAUCUAGAUUGCAAUCCUCUCUCUACCCCAUUUGAUUAUAGUCAGAAACUCUCAAAGGAAUUAGGUACCAUUUUAACAGACAACACUGUUUACAGACAGCUCAUCGACCGACUCCUUUACCUCACAAACACUAGACCCGAUAUCUCUUAUGCUGUGGGACGUUUGAGCCAAUUUUUGGACUGUGCAACCACUUCUCACCUACAGGUUGCUUUUCGCGUCCUCCAAUAUUUAAAAGGCCGACCUGCAACUGGUCUCUUCUUUUUCUCUACUUCUAAUCUGCAUCUCACUGGAUUUGCCGACGCUGACUGGGCUACCUGUGCCGAUACUCGUCGCUCCAUUUCCGGUUAUUGCUUCAUGCUUGGGAACUUUCUCAUUAGCUAG